AUGGAAGCCUCCUAUAAACCAUAUCAAUUCAUCCAGCGCCAGAUUGAGAGGCUAAGAACAAAAGAUAGAGGCGGGAAGAGGACCGGGAGGAAUGAGUUGAAUACUGAGAGGAUAUAUGGGCUUUUGGAUAAGUCACGGAUUUUCGAUAAAUUUGCUUUACUAGAUCGAGUUGUGUCUCUCAAUGAUUGGUUCCUAGACCCGGGAUUCAACAUCAGCGCUUUCUGCACAAUUCAAAUCAACCUGGGCGAAUCUCCGCAAGAACUCCACCACGACGACGCCUACUGCUACAUCCCACACCCCUUCACUCUUACUAACGGCGCUACAAACAUCAUCCCAGGCUCGCACCUCUGGCCCUCGGGCGAUGUUCCCACUCACCCCCACCCUUCAACUAUCUCAAUAGCCUGUCCAGCCGGUUCCGCUAUCUACUUCCUCGGCACGACCUGGCAUAGUGGCAGCCCCAAUACGACUUCUACUCCGAGACAGAGUUUGACAAAUCUGAUCUUGGCGGUAGAUCCGAGGAAGUUGGAUGCGAUUCCGGAGAGGAUUGUUCGGAUGAUGGGUUACGAGGUUCAAAGACCAUUUAUCGGGUUGAUGGACUGGGCGGGAAGGGAUGUGGAGUGGAGUCCGCCAACUUUUGCGGAUAGCGAGGAAGGCUUUGGGAAGAGGAGUAAGUUGUAG